ACCCCCUUCCCUUCCUUUCUCAGAGGUCAUAUCGCCAUGCGCUGUUCCACUUGGUUGACCGUGGCCUUGAACGCGCUCUCCGCGUAUGCCGCAACGACCCCUUCACGAACCGUCGCAAAACGCUGGAAAACAGACAGCGAGCUGUUCGUCAAGGCCGAAAAUGGUCAAUUCCAGGUCAACGGAAGCGAGUUCAAGUUCAUUGGAACAAACGCGUACUGGUUGCCAUAUCUCAACUCUGUGGAUGAUAUCAACAGUACUUUGGCCAAUAUGUCUGCUGUUGGUAUCAGGGUGGUCAGAACUUGGGCAUUCAAUGAUGUCACAGCCAUCCCUGUCAAUGGCACUUGGCUCCAGCUGAUCGUCAACGGAACGACAUCGAUCAACAAUGGCACCAAUGGCCUGCAGCGGUUGGACAAGUUCGUCGAGCUCGCUCAAUCGCACGGGAUUUACGUGUUGUUCUCGUUGACAAAUAAUUGGAACCCGAUUGACAACUCCUCGGAGGUGACGAUUGUUCGUCGCGACGACCAAGGGAACUCUAGUCUCCCGCGGAACUUCCUGUCGAACACAUACGGUGGAAUGGACGCUUAUGUUCGCGAGUUUGGUUUGAACAAGCAGCACGAUGAAUUUUACACGAAUUUCACAAUCAUGGACAUCUUCAAGAAUUAUACGAAACAAGUGAUCACCCGAUUCAUUGACAGUCCCGCAAUCUUUGCAUGGGAGCUUGCCAACGACCCACGAUGCAGCUCUUCCCUCGCCGCGAGCGACUCUUGUAACACGUUGACCAUCACGAACUGGCACGCUAAUGUCUCGAGCUUCGUGCGCUCGAUCGAUCCUAACCACCUGGUCUCGUCUGGGAAUCACGGCUUCCAGUGCCCGUUCUGCCCAAAGCUGUUCCCUCUCACCCCGCCUGCGCCUGCGGCUAGACCCUCUCCUGCCCCGGGUGCCUCAGGUGCACGGCGCCGUUCUGUCAGUAGGGUCAUGACCAAGGCACGUCUCAUGCGUGAUAUCGCCGACAAGCGUCGCAAAAUUCGCCUCGCCUCACCGGUAGCAGGGGGCGUCAAGAUCCGGGGGCGCUGGACGGCGUCCGGCGUCUCAAAGAGGCAGGACAGCGGGGUGGGGUCGGCGUUCGAUGGCUCGCAGGGCGUCGACAGUCAGGACAUCCUCAAUAUUCCAGACAUCGGAUUCGGCUCGUUCCAGCUGUUCCCUGAUCAGAACAACUACAAUACGCUAGGGACGGGUUCCGACAACACGCAGAACACAGGCUUCGACUUCAAUGCCACCCUGCAAGAGGGCAUCAACUGGAUCAACAGUAAUGCGGCUUCUGCUCAAGCCGUCGGCAAGCCCCUGGCGCUCACGGGCUUCGGUGUCGUCACGCAGGAGAACAUCCCGUUCUUCGUGCCGUUCAACAGCACGCUCCCGUCCUUCCCCACUGCCGCGAACACGGGCAACACGAGCACGGGCACGCUCGGUGUCGGCGCCACGGACCAGCAGCGCGACCAGACGUACCAGCAGUGGCUCCAGGCCGGCAUCGACGCGGGCGUGCAGGGCCUGGUGCAGUACCAGUGGACGGCAAACAACCUGACGCAGCAGCAGGGAACGCUCAUCCCCUUGGGCGUCUUGCCGGUGCAGGACACGAACGACUCGACGGGCACGUUGGGGCAGUCGCCGAACGACGGGUACAGCGUGCAAGGAGUCGGUCUGAACCAAGAACAGGCGACGCUCUCGAACGCGGCGCAGCAGGUCGGGGUCUCGCCCUGAGAGCCGCACGUCGUGACUUUCCGCGAACAACGAAAAUUUGUGGAUCGCGGGUGCGCCCCGCUGGAUUCUUCUCCCUUCUACGGACGCACUCGAAUUCGCGCACGAUCUUUCACGGCCUCGCUACGCACCCGGAAGACAUUCCUAGCUUUUUGGAUUCGCGGUAUCUUAAUGCGCCUCCCGGAGGCCCCUUCGUUUAAGCAUGACAUUCUAUUUACGAGCGCAUCUACGACGUGCGGAUUUUUUUUUGCCGCAUUCGUUGGACACGUCGAUGGACCUGGACCACUGUUGUAUUUGAAUCACGCCUUCUCACGACCCCGAGCGCGCGUGUACGUGGUAGUAGCAGUAGCUAGUAGUAGUAUGAUCGCUGGACUGAUUUGUUCGUUGUUGUCGUAGUACCCGGUCGAGUCGAUGUCUGUCUCAUUGGAUUUGGAUCUGGAUUCAUAGACUUUUGUUGUUGUUGUUGUUGUUGUUGUUGUUCGUGCCGUUACGCGCACUCAUUGUUUUUUGGACGCUU